AUGGCGAAAAAGAGUAAAUUGCUAUUGGCACUAGAUGCACAUAAAGGACGCGAUUAUCAGUUAGAGCGACAGAAGAAACUGCAGAAGGCGGCAGAGAAGAAAAAGCGAGCGGCUGCCGGAGAUUCUAAUGAUACCGGUCUUACUUCUCUGGAGCAAAAUGGCACGAGAGAGAAAGAAGAUGGAAAACCUGCUGAUGCAAACCACGCGGAAGAUGAACAGUGGACGGAUCACGAAAAAGAGCAGGAUGAAGGUGGAGGCGAGGAAGAAGAUGAAGAGGACAUCCCCCUGUCAGAUCUUUCAGAGGAAGACACCACCGACGUAAUACCACACCAACGCCUCACGAUCAACAAUUCCGCAGCCAUCCUCUCUUCCCUUAAGCGCAUCUCGUUUAUCACGCCUCAAACCCCUUUCUCAGAACAUAACACACUCAUAUCAACAGAGCCCAUCGAUGUCCCAGACCCCAACGACGACCUUACACGUGAAUUGGCUUUCUACAAGGUUUGCGUUUCCGCCGCGAAAUCCGCAAGAGAUCAAUUGAAGAAGGAAGGGGUACCUUUUUCGCGACCGACAGAUUAUUUUGCCGAAAUGGUCAAGUCCGAUGAGCAUAUGGAAAGGGUGAAGAAGAAAUUAUACGACGAAGCUGCGGCGAAGAAGGCAAGCGCAGAAGCUAAAAGACAGCGAGAUCUUAAAAAGUUCGGAAAACAGGUCCAGAUCGCCAAGUUGCAGCAGAGACAGAAGGAGAAGCGGGAAACGCUGGACAAGAUCAACAGCUUGAAGAGAAAGCGCAAAGCGAGUGACGGCGCCCCGACCGAAGAACCAGAUCUUUUCGACGUCGCCCUAGAAGACGCGGGCAAAUCUCAUUCUCAUGGUGGAGCCAAUAAAGGUAACCGUAAUGAACCGCGCGCACAAAACAAGCGACAAAGAAAGGAUCAGAAGUUUGGUUUCGGAGGCAAGAAACGAUUCGCGAAGAGUGGAGACGCCGUUUCCAGUGGCGAUCUAAGCGGAUUUUCAGUAGGUAAAAUGAAAGGACGCAAAAAGGGGACCGCGCAGAGACCAGGGAAGAGCAGGCGGGCAGCUUUAAAGAGGGCUUGA